AUGCUUCGCUUCUUACGUCCAGAAAUAUCGUUGGAAUACUUGCGGAACAAUGUUGAUUUAGUUGAGCGAUCUUUCUACUCAGAUAGUGAUAAAUUAGGUCAACCUGAUGAUUCAAAGGAUCGGAUAACAUCUCGGGAACAGACAUUUUGCAAUGAUAAGAGGUUCGAAUCGAAUAAUCGAAAACAUAUAAAUUCAUUGUUUGUGUCAACUGCAGACAGCAUUUUCUUAAAAUUCCUCCAAGAGUCACAGAAUCCUAAAGAUUUCGAUAACUCCUUACUUAAUUUUAAAGAACAAGAACAAUUCGAAGAGCUUAUUUCGGAUGAAAUGAUAGAGAAUGCAUUAUCAUAUCUACCUUCAGAUUCGGAAGUAAUAUCCCUAGUGGAGUUAUUUUUGAAGGUAUGUGAAACUAAUUAUUGUUACAUACAUCCACAUAACUUUGAAAUAGUGCUUGAUACCUUUCUUCAAGAGAAAGCUAAGAAGCACAUGAAAUUUUUAAAGCAAAAUUGGAUCUUUAUGAUAAUUUUGUUUGGCGUACUUGCGAUCUCUUCUGGGUACGACUAUAUUGGCGAGGGCCGAUCAUUACCUUCUGUCACGAAUUCUAUGCUUGGGUUAGAUGAUCCAGGUAAAGUAUACUAUAAAGCUUCGUUGCCAUUUGUAGGUUUUUUGCUUAAAAGUAACAGCAUAUAUUCUGUUCAAGCAUUGCUUCUAUUAGGAUUGUUCGUUGUGACCGAUGAAAAUACAAAUGUAAAUUCUACUAUACACCACGGUUAUCUUUAUGUAUAUUUGUCUGUUGAAAAAGCGAUAAUUAACAAACUUCACAUUAACGAUCCCAACAUUGACCCCGUUAAUAGAGAAUUUAUGUCACGGCUAUGGUGGAGUUGUUAUUGUUUAGAAAGACGGUAUGGCAUUAACUUAGGAAAACCAGAAAUAAUAAAAAGAGUUGAAAUAACGGCUCAUUUACCUCAACCAUGCACAUCUUUAAAUAAAAGAGAUGGCACUUCAAAUUACUUGAACCAACGAGCAUUGAUAGAGCUAACUUUUAUUUUCAGUGAAAUUUCAGGCUUGAUCUAUGAAAGGUGCAAGAAUAAUGAAAGAUGUGAUGACUAUGUGAGUUUGGACUUGAGAAUAGUUAAAAACUUAUUGAGUGAACUAGAGAAGUGGAGUAUGAAAUAUUCAGCUAUUAUGUGUAAUAUCAAUCUGCUAGACCCCAAUUCCAAUCUCUAUAGGGCGCAUGUUCACCUAUCAUUACAUUAUCUAUUAGCCAAAUUAUACGUUGGUAAACCAUUCUUAUUGUACAAAGUUGAAAACUAUCACUCUAAUUCUCACUUAGAUUCUACCGAAUCCCACUUUAUUGACUAUUUAACUUCGGUUUGUGUUGAUUCAGCGUUUAAAAUAAUUCAACUACUAUGUAUAUUAAACAAAUAUUCCAAAUUGGGGAUAUAUUCUGCUACUGAUCUUAACUUUUGCAACUUGAGUAUGUUUGUAAUAGUUUUAUGGUUGAAAAUUGAUAAGUCAAGUUCUACCGUGUUAUUUUUAAAAGACGGAUUAAAAAUAUUAAAAACACUAUCUAUGGGAUGUGCUAGUGCAAAAAUAACCUUUUCUAGACUUUCUAAAUUAGAACUCUUACUUUCAAGAGCUUGUGAGAUUGACAAGGACGCAGAAAUACAAGAAAUACCCGAUGAUAUGAAAGUUAAAGAGCUUGAUAUUUCACAAUUUCCAGAUAGUGAAAUUGAAUUCAAAAAUUCUAGUUUCUAUAAUGAAGGUAUGGAAUCUAAGAAACUACCGUACAAUAUGAAAAUACACCAUGAUCAAACUACAUAUGAUAAUCCUUCAUUUAGUUACAAUGCCAAAAGCAAUGAAGGAAUUAUGAAUAUUGAUGCGGUCGGUUUAUCACCACAAGAGCAUUCAGAUACUAAUAACUAUUUCGAAGAUUGGACAAAGGAUAUCGAUUACCUCAGCUUUAACUUUCCUUUGGAUAAUUCGAAUAAUCUAGAUUGA